AUGCCCACCUUGCUGAUUUUAAGCGUUAUUUUCAUAAUACCAACAUAUACCCGUGACUAUAAUAGGCUAUUCGACGAUCUUUUAAGAAGAUACAACCGUCUGGUACGCCCUGUCAAAAAUAACAACGAGACCAUCCGGAUCGAAUUCAAGUUCAAGCUAUCGCAAAUUGUUGAUGUGUUUGAAAAGAAUCAAGUCGCCACCACGCAUGGCUGGCUUCGCCACCGCUGGGUGGACGAGCGUUUGGCUUGGAAUCCAAAAGAUUACGGAGGGGUGUCAAGCUUCACCGUGCCUGGGGGCCUCGUCUGGUUGCCUGACAUUAUUUUGUAUAAUACAGCUCACGGCUCACCGACGAUCAGUUCGAUCACCAAGGUGAAGCUCCAUGCCAACGGGGAAGUGUGGUGGGAACCGCCAGUCGUCUUCAACUCGAUGUGCAAGAUUGACGUCCAAUGGUUUCCCUACGACGAGCAACAAUGUGACUUGAAAUUCGGUUCGUGGACUUACUCUGGAGCAUUGCUGGAUCUGCGCCACUUAAGUAGCGACAAGGUGAUCGUAGAAGAGGAAGACGGGGUGAAGCAGACAAGCUUUAGCUCGAUCGAUAUCACCUACUACAUCCAAAUUCGCCGCAAAAAGCUCUUUUACACGAUCAACCUGAUCUUCCCUUGCAUUAGCAUUGCUGCACUAACUUCAUGGCUGUGCAUCAACGUCUUGGUCGCGUUGAUCAUCUUCUUUCUAGUAUUGAUUGAAUUGAUCCCACCAAUGAGCGUCGCGAUUCCCUUUAUCGGCAAAUAUCUUGUGUUUACGAUGACGAUGGUGACGCUAUCUGUUGGGGCCACAGUUUUUGUAGAAAAUGUCCACUGGCGCGGUGGCGAAAGCCCAGUGCCAGGCUGGGUCCGCAGCAUUUUCAUCGAACGACUCGGCACCCGGCUUCUCAUAUCUCGACGAACCGCACAAAGCCCGCUUUACAGAAAAAUCCAACAGCAAAAGAAAAUUGAUACGAUAAACGCGCUGCACAUCCUGGAACGGCAAUUCAACAAAACGCUGUUCGACAUAGAGAUGAAAACUCAGGAGCAAGUUGUAAAAAGCCCUCAAGGCCACGCGGCUAUAUUCCUGCAGUUACCGAUGGUGGGACGCAGUCUUUCGGUACGAACCACCAAAAAGGACACCAAUGAUAAUUUUCGCCACGUGCGCCGGCUCUACAGCAUUACAAAGCAGAAAUUGUCCGAAGAAGACGCCGCUUCUGAACGCAGAAGAUCUACCCAAUUUUGCAAUCGCCGUGAGGUGUUGAGGAGAGCCGAACGGAACGUCAAUUACAUCGCACAGAAUUUGACCGAAAUGAGGAAGGCCGAUGAGGCCGAGUCCGACUGGCAUUUCGUUUCGCUGGUCAUCGACAGACUAUUGCUCGUGCUUUUCGCUUCGGUGAUUUCCGCUGGCACACUUUUUGCCUUUUUCAGCGCCCCGAUACUGAUGGACUAUCGGCAACCGCUGUCUAGAGAGCUCUACCUCGAAUUGCAAAACUUGAAACCGGAAUACGACCUUGUAAAUAAUAAC